AUGGGUAACCCUCCUAUAAUAAGACUACUAAAUUAUGCACUCUUCCUUACAGCUUCGACAAUGGAUUCCGUGAGAAGUAGUACUUCUGAAGUUGCACACGAAUUCCUCCCAUAUUUCCGCGCAUACAAAGAUGGUCGAGUAGAGAGGUACUUCGGUACUACCGAUAUAGUCCCUCCAUCACUCAAUUCCCACAAUGGAAUUUCCACCAAAGAUGUUCAAAUUUUUCAAGUUGAAGGCCUCACAGCGCGCGUUUACAUGCCAAGCACCAUCAGCCAAGGCCAGAAGCUUCCAGUUAUGGUGUAUUAUCAUGGCGGAGGCUUCUUCAUGGGCUCACCAUUCUGCGCAACGUAUCACAACCACGUUGCCUCGCUCGUCGCCGAGGCAUGCAUCGUUGCGGUAUCUGUUGAUUACAGAUUGGCCCCAGAACACCCGGUGCCGGUUGGUUAUGAAGACUCUUGGGUUGCACUUCAGUGGGUGAUUUCCCAUUUUAAUGGUGAUGGCCCUGAAGCUUGGCUGAGAGAAUAUGCAGAUUUUCAGAGAGUAUUUCUGGUUGGGGACAGCAUAGGUGGCAAUAUUGUGCACAACAUGGCUGCGCGGGCUGGGGUUGAAGGUUUGGCCGCAGGUGUAAGAAUUGCAGGAGCUUGUCUGGUUCAGCCCUAUUUCGCAAUGAAAGAAAGCGCCGGUACUGGCGUGGAGGACAGAUCCUGGCUUUUUUCGUGUCCAACAACAAGCGGAUUCGAUGAUCCGAGGGUGAACCCGGCCGAGGAUUCGAGGGUGUCGAGGCUAGGAUGCUCUAAGGUGCUAAUUUUUCUUGCGGAGAACGACGAUAUCAGAGAGAGGGGUUUGCUCUAUUAUGAGACGUUGAAGAAGAGUGGGUGGGAAGGUGAGAUAGAGAUAGUAGAGACAGAAGGAGAGAAGCACGUGUUUCAUUUGUUCAAUCCAAAUUGCGAGAAAGCUCUUGCCUUGCUGAAGAGGUUGGCUUCUUUCAUAAACCAGGACAAGGCUACUUAACCAACCAUGCAUGUAUUACUUCCGAAUUCCGAAUCAAUUAAUGUUCUAUUUGAUGUAUCAAUAAAUGGAUUUACAUGCAUAUCAA